UUUUUUACUAACGAAACAAAUAACUAUGUGUACAUUUUAACAGAUUGAAUGAACAAUUGAUUGGGAUUAUUUUAAUCCAGGUAAUUUCAAUCCAAGCGUGUACAAAACAAUUUCACAUUUUAUUUUGACUUGCAACAUCGCCUUAACGCUUAUUUUUACACUCUUUUUUUCUUAUGUUUUUAUUGAUUAUAUAUACAUAAUUAAAACAUGUGGCUUACAUUGUAUCACAUAAUUUUUAUCAAUUAUUAUGUAUGUGAUCAGAUAACAUUUAGAUACAAAAACUAAGAUUAUAGCUAUAACAUAUAAUUUUUUUCUCGAUUUCGUCAUUACUCAACGUUCAUCGUUUGAUUUAUUUUUAUAAAAAUAAUACUUAAGUUGUAUGCGUCUGCCUUACAUACAGUGGAAUAGGUCAUCUUUGUCUCCAGUAUACCUGCUCGUGUAUCUUUAAAUUAAAGUUGAGACGAUUCUUCCAAUUUGGCGGUAUAAAAAACGUGAUAAUUUCUGCGUUACGGCGAUUUCUUGAGUUACCAGUAUGGGACGUAAUGAGGAUGCCAUGAUUUUCCUAGAAGCGAGGAAACUUUCGCUGAAACUUCCAUUACGUCAUGUUCUGCAUCUUCGAGUAGAGAUGUGUCCAAGACGUAAAGCAUUCGUAAUCUUUCACAGCAAAGACUUACGAAUUUAAUGAGUCCAGAACAGCUGAAGAUUUAAAAAAAAGAAAAAAAAAUAAUUCACUUUUGUUUACCAAUUUUUUACGUAUAUUUAAUAAUAUUAAAAUCUUAAUGAAAAUCUAAAGAAUAAUUAUUCACAUUUCUAACAAUAUUACUCUUACAGUUUCUAGAUAUAAUACGAAUACAUAAACGAGCCGCUCAUAGAAGGUAUAAUUACGUGAGUUCGCAGUCGCCGAGUCCAACGGCGCUUAAUCGGGGGCAACCCCGAGCUGCGGCGAUAAGGAUCUCGUCGAUGGUGUCCGGUCCGUAGGCACCGACGACAAGUUCCGUCAGACGGGGACAUCUCUCGGCGACUCGCGCUAUCGCCGAGGAAGGCGCGCUGUCGCCGAAGUAAAGGUGCGUCAGCGGCACGUGCGUAGCUAGCAGCGCGUCGUAGUCCCUCGCAUCGUUCAGUUGCUUAACGAACCGUUAGCAACAUGUCGAUCCGACCAGUGUACAGGCCGAAAAUCGUCAAGAAGAGGACGAAGAAGUUCAUCAGGCAUCAAAGUGACCGAUAUGACAAGCUCAAGCGUAACUGGAGGAAGCCCAAGGGUAUCGACAACAGAGUACGAAGGCGUUUCAAGGGACAAUACCUUAUGCCCAACAUCGGUUAUGGUAGCAACCAGAAGACCCGUCACAUGCUUCCAACUGGCUUCCGCAAAGUCCUUGUUCACAACGUUAAGGAAUUGGAAGUUCUGAUGAUGCAGAACCGUAAAUUCUGCGCAGAAAUUGCCCAUGGAGUUAGCAGCAAGAAGCGUAAGACGAUCGUCGAACGUGCCCAGCAGUUGUCUAUCCGUGUGACGAAUGCCAACGCUCGUCUUCGUUCUGAGGAGAAUGAAUAAACUGAAAUUUUUUAAAAUAUAUAUACUUACGAAAAAAACUACAAAA